AUGCCUGGAAGGACUCUACCAACGUUUACCUCCGCCGAGGUCGAGUCUCAUAACAAUGCCAAAUCUUGCUAUGUAACUCUGGGAUCGAAAGUGUACGACAUUACCUCUUUUGUCGAUGAUCAUCCUGGUGGUGGUGAUUUGAUCCUUGAGUAUGCUGGAAGAGACGUCGAAGAAAUUCUGCGCGAUACCGUCUCUCAUGAACACUCGGAAGCAGCCUACGAUAUUCUGGAAGACAGUCUGAUUGGUUUCAUUGCCUCCGAAUCGACUGGCAAAGGUGCAAGCAUAGAUGCCGCUAAAGCAAAUGGUGUAGGGGGAACAUCAGGCCCUGUAUAUGCCGCAACUGGAAUGUCCCGCGAAGAGGAUUUGUCUGUUGAGACAGACUACAGUAAGGAUUACCAGACGCACAAAUUCUUGGAUCUCAACAAGCCUCUUCUUAUGCAGCUCUGGAACGGUGGCUUCAGCAAAGAGUUCUACUUGGAACAAAUCCAUCGUCCGCGCCAUUACAAGGGAGGAGAAUCGGCCCCCCUCUUCGGAAACUUCCUGGAGCCCCUGAGCAAAACCGCAUGGUACAUGGUUCCAAUUAUAUGGCUGCCCCCUGUUACCUACGGUACUGUGCUCGGGUUUGCUGGGCUGGGGAACGUGUAUGCUGCAGCUGCCUAUUGGAUUGGUGGCCUUGCCCUUUGGACUUUGAUCGAGUACCUUAUGCAUAGGUUUUUGUUCCAUCUUGACAAAUAUCUUCCUGAUAACCGUGUUGGCUUAACCCUCCAUUUCCUGUUACACGGCAUUCAUCACUAUCUACCUAUGGACAAAUACCGACUUGUUAUGCCACCAACGCUGUUUGUUGUCCUCGCUACACCGUUUUGGAAGCUGGCGCAAAGUGUCUUCUUCUAUAACUGGUACGCCGCCUUGACGGUAUAUUGUGGCGGCAUAUUCGGUUAUAUAUGUUAUGAUACGACCCAUUAUUGGCUCCAUCAUCGCAAUCUUCCCCCCUACUACAAGGGACUUAAGAAAUACCACCUUCAACACCAUUUUGCCGACUUCGACAAUGGUUUCGGUGUCACCAGCCGGUUUUGGGACCGUGUUUUCGGUACUGAGCUUCAAACACCUGCACCUAAAGACGUGAAGACACAGUGA